AUGAACUACAAUAAUAAUUAUGGAAAUAUAAUGAUUAAUAAUUCUGAUUUAGUUGAGAUAAAUUAUAGCUAAUUUAAUAGUAAUAUUGGUAUUGAGGGUUCAUGUCUUUAAUUUUUAAAUAACUAAAAUUUAAUAAUAUAUCAAUCAAAUUUUUCUAAAAAUGUAGCUUAAGCUAGUGGUGGAUCUCUUUAUUUAUUAGAUACUAGCAACAUUACAAUCGAUUAAAACACAUAAUUUAAAGAUAAUGUAGCCUAAAUAGGUGGAGCUAUGAGAAUUUUGUAUAGUUAGUAAAUGUAUUAGAGAUACCUAUAUAGUUUUAAAACAAUUUAGGCAUAAUUUGAUAGUAAUUUAGGAUAAAUUUAUGGACAUGAUAUAGGGACUUAUCCUUAUUAGUAUUUAAUUUAUUAAGGAAAUGAUUUUAAUAAGAAAUCUCUGAUUUAUACAGGGUAAUUAUUUAACACAGAUUAGGAUAAUCUAAUUCUCUAAAACAUAUAGAGCGGAGGAAGUAUUAAACUCUUUCUAUAGCUGUAAGAUUAGUACAACUAAAGUGUUAUAAUUGAUAAAUAAUCAUUUAUGAACAAUUUUUAUCCUUAAACUUUAAUCUAAGAAUUAUAGAAAUAUAGUAUUGAAAUAUUAUCAAAUUCUACGAAUGAUAUCAUAGAAAUAAAAGGAGAUAGUAUAUCGAAUUUACAUAGUUAUGAUCAAAUUUCUAAUAGCUUUUUAUUUAAUAAUCUCUAAAUUUCUGGUUUCCCUUUGUAUCAGAUAACUUCUACUUUUCUUUAAAUUAAGUGUAGUAAUUAAACAUACUCUCUUUUAGAUCCAAUAGAUGCAACAAAUAUUACUAUUUAUGAUAAAUUAUAGUAAAAUAUAAGCAAUUAUAUAUGUAAAAAGUGCCCUGAAGGUUCUGAAAGCUGUUAUUCAGAUAUAAUAAUCUUAUAAUAAGGAUAUUGGAGGGAAAACAAUCAAACGGAUGCAAUAUUUUAAUGUAAUUUAUUAAAUCCAGGUAUUUGUGAUCCUACCAAAUAAAAUGGAUGUAUUGAAGGUCAUAUAGGACCACUUUGUGAAACAUGUGACUAUUUUGGAGUUGUAUUCAAAGGAAAUACAUAUUCUUAGAGCAUGUCUACAAUAGGAUGUAGUAAAUGUAGCUCAGAUAUUUUAUAGUUGUUCUUUGUUCUCCAGUAACUAGUAUUGUUUUAAAUGGAUAAUGUCUUUACAAGUAUGUUGGAUCUUCUAUAAAUAGUCAAAAUGAUUUAGUGA